CGGGCCCACGAGCAGCCGCGGCGGGCGCGGGGCGCGGGCGGGCUGCUGGCGGCGCAGUGCGAGCGCGGGCUGUUCCAGGAGGUGUUCCCGGCGCAGAGCGCGGAGGAGCAGCUGCCGGCGCUGCUGGCGCCGGGCCGGCCGCCCCUGGCCGCCUACUGCGGGUUCGACCCCACGGCGGACUCGCUGCACGUGGGGCACCUGCUGCCCGUCAUGGCGCUGCUGCACUUCCAGCGCGCGGGGCACGACGUCAUCGCCGUGGUGGGCGGGGCCACCGCGCGGCUGGGGGACCCCAGCGGGCGGGAGCGCGCGCGGGAGCCGCUGCCGGCCGGGACGGCGCGCGCGCACGCCAGGGCCCUGCGCGCGGGGCUGGAGCGGCUCUUCCAGAACCACCGGGAGCUGUUCUGGGAGCCGGGGGCCGGGCGGCUGGGCCGGGCCGAGCUGCUGGACAACGCCAGCUGGCUCGGCCGCGAGCCGCUGCUGCGGUUCCUGGGCGGGGCCGGCGGGCGGCUCCGCAUGGGCACGCUGCUGAGCCGGCAGAGCUGCCAGGCGCGACUCCGCAGCGCCGACGGGAUGAGCCUGGCGGAAUUCCUGUACCCCGCGCUCCAGGCGUACGACUUCCUGCACCUGCACCAGCACCACGGCUGCCGCAUCCAGCUGGGGGGCCACGACCAGAUGGGAAACAUCAUGUCCGGCUACGAGCUCGUCACCAAGAUGACAGGAACAGAUGUGUUUGGAAUUACUGUACCUCUUAUUACCAGUACUACUGGAGAUAAACUGGGAAAGACUGCUGGAAAUGCAGUUUGGCUAAACAGAGACAAGACUUCUCCAUUUGAGCUGUAUCAGUUUUUUGUCAGACAACAAGAUAAUGUAGUUGAAAAAUACCUGAAACUAUUCACUUUCCUACCUCUUGAGGAGAUUGCCCACAUCAUGGAAAUGCAUGCUAAAGAACCUGAAAAAUGGGGCCCUCAGAAACGACUGGCUGCAGAAGUAACCAAGCUUGUCCAUGGCAGAGAGGGGCUAGAAUCUGCUAAGAGGUGCACUAAGGCCCUUUAUUACAGUAGUGUGGAGGCUCUGGAAGAGAUGUCUGACCUAGAGUUACAGGAACUUUUUAGACAAGCUCCUUCUGCUGAACUGAUGCUUGAACCUGGAAUGAGUGUUCUUGACUUGUGUUGCAAAGCCAAUGCCAUUCCAGAUGGACCUAGUGGGUACCAGAAAAUUACAGAUGGAGGAGUUUCAAUAAAUGGGAAUCGUGUAACUAAUCCUGAGACUGUUCUUAUUCUUGGACAGCAUAUUCUCAAGAAUGGAGUAUCAUUACUUAGGGUUGGAAAGAAAAAUUACUACGUUAUAAAAUGGCUGCAGCUGUGACAACAGAGAAUCUCCCUAAAAAAACAGGUUAUUUCAGCUCUGUGGCUUGAAGACAUACUUGAAGAUGUUUCUGUCCUGUGCAUUACUAUGCAGCUCACAAACUGUCAAAUACCAUCAAUUUUCAAAAUGCACCAACAGAGUUCAAAUA